UUACUUUCCAUAGCAGGCAGACUAGAGCUAGAGGUGAGAGGCACCUUGAGCUCCUCACAGUACAGCAGGGUAGCAGGAAAGCAGGGAUUUUAUUUACACUCAAGGCCUCUUUCUCUCAGGCAGCUUCAUCUCCAGGACCAUGGCACAGCCGACUCCUGUCGACCCCUCCAAGAUGGGAGUGGGUCGGGCAAUCGCCGUGCUGACCUCCGGAGGAGAUGCCCAAGGUAUGAACGCUGCUGUGAGGGCCACAGUUCGAGUGGGAAUUUACACCGGCGCUAAAGUGUAUUUCGUCCAUGAGGGUUACCAGGGUCUGGUGGAUGGAGGAGACAAUAUCCGCCCUGCUACUUGGGAGAGUGUGUCGAUGAUGCUACAGCUAGGUGGGACUGUGAUUGGUAGCGCCCGCUGUCAAGAUUUCCGCACCAAAGAGGGGCGCACCAAGGCCGCCUGUAAUUUGGUCAAGCUGGGCAUCACCAACCUAUGUGUGAUUGGAGGUGAUGGCAGUCUGACAGGUGCUAACCAGUUCAGAAAGGAGUGGGGCGAGCUGCUGGCGGAUCUGGUCAAGACUGGAAAAAUCACAGCAAAUGAGGCCAAAGGUUCCUCUCACCUCAAUAUCGUUGGUAUGGUGGGCUCCAUUGACAAUGACUUCUGUGGGACUGACAUGACCAUUGGCACUGACUCUGCCCUGCAUCGCAUCAUAGAGAUAGUGGAUGCCAUCACCACCACUGCACAGAGUCACCAGAGGACCUUCAUCUUGGAGGUCAUGGGCAGGCACUGUGGUUACCUGGCUCUGGUGACAGCUCUGGCCUGUGGUGCUGACUGGGUGUUCAUCCCAGAGAUGCCCCCAGAUGACGGCUGGGAGGAGCAUCUGUGCAGAAGACUGACAGACCAAAGAUGCCGUGGCUCCCGUUUGAACAUUAUCAUUGUUGCAGAGGGAGCGAUGGACCGUUCUGGGAAACCUAUCACCUGUGAAGAUGUCAAGCAACUGAUAUCAAAAAAGCUCGGCUUUGACACCCGCACCACCAUCUUGGGUCAUGUACAGAGAGGAGGAACCCCCUCUGCCUUUGACAGAAUUCUGGCAAGCAGGAUGGGUGUUGAGGCCGUUAUGGCUCUGCUGGAGGCCACACCUGACACUCCUGCUUGUGUGGUCAGCUUGUCAGGAAACAUGGCUGUCAGGCUGCCUCUCAUGGAGUGCGUGCAAGUGACUAAAGAUGUGACAGUAGCUAUGGCUGAAGGGCGGUAUGACGAUGCAGUGAAGCUCAGGGGAAAGAGCUUUGAGAACAACUGGAACACUUACAAAAUGCUGGCUCAUGUGCACCCCCCAGACACAAAGAGUAAUAUCAACAUUGCCAUAAUGAAUGUGGGAGCCCCCUGUGCCGGAAUGAAUGCUGCAGUCCGUUCAGUUGUCAGGACUGGGCUCCUCCAGGGCCAUCAGAUGCUGGCAGUUCAUGACAGUUUUGAUGGCUUGGCUCAUGGAAUGAUUGAGCCUAUUGGUUGGUCUGGAGUGGCAGGAUGGACUGGAAAAGGUGGCUCUAAUCUAGGAACAAAGAGAUCCCUGCCACAUGAAUUCAUGGAGGAGAUCAGUCUGAGCAUCACUAAGUUCAACAUUCAUGCUUUAGUCAUUAUUGGAGGCUUUGAGGCUUUCAUAGGAGGUCUUGAGAUGGUACAAGCCAGAGAGAAGUAUGAGGAACUAUGUAUUCCACUUGUGGUUAUCCCUGCUACUGUGUCCAACAAUGUCCCUGGAUCUGACUUCAGUAUUGGAGCUGACACUGCCCUCAAUACCAUAACCAUGACAUGUGACAGGAUCAAGCAAUCUGCAGCUGGAACCAAGAGGAGAGUGUUCAUUGUUGAGACUAUGGGGGGAUAUUGCGGUUACCUUGCAACCAUGGCCGGACUUGCAUCUGGAGCUGACGCUGCCUACAUUUAUGAGGAACCCGUCAACAUUCGUGAUCUUGAGAUUAAUGUGGAACAUCUUGUGGAGAAGAUGAAAACCACAGUGAAGAGGGGACUCAUUCUGAGGAAUGAGAAAUGCAACGCAAACUACACCACUGACUUCAUCUUCAACCUCUACUCAGAGGAGGGCAAGGGUGUGUUUGACUGCAGGAAGAACGUACUUGGACACAUGCAGCAGGGUGGAACACCCAGUCCUUUUGACAGGAACUUUGGCACAAAGAUGGGCAUCAAAUCUGUCCUUUGGCUGACGGACAAACUGAAGGAAUGUUACAGACAUGGUCGCAUCUUUGCCAAUACCCCAGAUUCGGCCUGUGUGUUGGGCAUGAGGAAGAGAUCUCUGGUCUUCCAGCCUCUAUCAGAACUUAAGGAAGAGACUGAUUUUGAACAUCGUAUUCCAAAGACGCAGUGGUGGCUGAGGCUGAGACCAAUCCUGAAAAUCCUGGCCAAGUACAAUAUCACCCUGGACACCUCUGAAAGGACUGCGAUGGAACAUGUCAUCAAGAAGAAGGGCUUAGUUCAUUAAUAGCCUUUCUGUGACACUUUAAUGACACUUUUAAGCACUCUGUAAGCAGUAUUUAAGGAGACUGCAAGUACACACACAGAAAUCCCAUAACAGAUUUUUACAGAGAACUUACACUCUGCUGUGAGCGAAAUUAUUAUUUGUAAGAGCACUUUCGAAACACCUUCAUUCACUGAAGCUCUUUUGAACUGCAGCUAUUGAAUAACAAUUAAAAGUGAUUUUGUUCUGUC